AUGGCAACUCGCAUUGAAUUACCGUUCUUGUACCACACCAGGACCAUCUUGCGCGUCUCAAACAGAGCUUGUCGCUCUCGUUCGCGAUUUGCGUCGUCUCAGGCGGGUUCAGAUGCCGUCGAAGAUGGCAACCCUCCCCUUUCCCCGGACGAGGAGUCGUUCCUCAAGGCCAAAGCCCGAAGCGUCUCUUGGUCUCCCAUAGCGCCUAGAUCUACCUCCAAGAACGCCGAAACAACGAUCAGUUCUACCAUCACCGCGAGCGAGCGGAGGGCCUUUGAGACGAUACUGCGGUUUGCCCCUAAACAAACCGAACCGGCAUCUCCCAAGCGACGCUCACGUUAUGCCGAAGCCGCCGACACCGACAUUGAGAAUAUACUCAAGAUAUUCACCUCUUCUCUGCGUGGUCAUCACUCACAGGGGGUUGGGUCUAACCUUGCCCCCAAGCUCGAUGGCGAUGGCGUGCAUCAGGUAGCCCGGACAGAGCGACCCGACCAACAACCGCCAACAGAACAAUAUGACCCAGAGUUAGGAGACCAGAUAGGUCGAGACGCCAAAACUGACUGCGGAGAAAGUCUCUCCACUUCAAUUCAAAGGGAGGCAACAACCACUGCCGAAAUGACAGAAUACUCGACGGCACAAGUCGACAUACAUUCAGCACCACCAGUCCCAGAGGAAGGCCCUAUUCCCGAGCUACGACAAGGAGAUAUCCUGGAACAAUCACUCGCCGAGACCGCCAUUCCGUCUCACCCGUUCAGCCAACUCGAAGAAUCCAUCCAACAGGCCGUUCGUGACCACAUGCACUCUAUAUCCCGAGCUCUUCAGGACGCAGCAUAUUCGAAGGCCAAGAGAGGCGACAUCGCCAUGUGGGAGGUUUGCGAGUCUCGGAUCUUUUCCAUAGCCACGGACUUACAGCCAAGUUCUCAUCGACCACGGACUGGCAAGGAGGAGACGCCGAGAUACGGGGGCCUGCGAAAGUUUACAUUCUCGCGAGGAAAGUCGGACGAUCCUCGCCAAAUGAUCGAAGCCGCGGAAAGAGAGCUACGGCUUUCCUCUUCUAUCUCUGGCACCCGUGGCACGGAAGAAACCACGAAUGAAAACUCGUCGACACCUUCUCCCGCCCAGCUCGCCAUCCUCCAGCACACGUACCCGGCCUCCAUCCUCCUCGCCCUCAGGUUGUACAUGAACUUCUAUCCCUCGUCGCCCUACGCACUGCUCCUCCUGCCGCGGAUCCGCUCUCUAGGCACCACGUCGUACGUGCUCGGCGCCAGUCCCCAGUUCUACAACUCGUUGAUGUCCCUGGUCUGGCUGACGCGCAGUUCCUUGAGGGAGUUGGAUGAGUUGCUCUCAGAGAUGGAGAGGGGUGGAGUCGAGAUGGACGAGGGGACAUACUCGGUCCUAGGAGGGAUUGAAGAGGAAAGGGCCCUGGAGAUGGCGAGGGAAAAGGCCAAGGAAAAGGAAAAAGGCGACGAACCGAUCGGUGGUGGUAGUCGCGGUGCUGCCUGGUGGAAGAGACAGGAACAGAUGCUCUGGUUCCCGAGGAUCUUGGAUUGGUUGGACAUUGUGGCGGGAAGGCUAGCAGCUAGGGAGAGGUUAGUCUGA